AUGGCGAAAAACCUCCGAGCUAAGAUACCCGCUGAAGACACCCUGGUCAUUUUCGAUAUCAAUCGGAGUUCGAUGCAAAGGUUCUGUCAGGAACCAGAUCUUGCUUCCAAGGGUGGUCUUACCGUGGCCAACGAUAUAAAAGAGGUCGUUAAUACUAGCGACACGGUUAUUACGAUGUUGCCUGAGCCUCAACAUGUCAAGUCCGUUUUCGAUACAAUUCUAUCUUCCAACUUAGCUGGUAGAUCCAAUAACACGAAGCUUUUUGUUGACUGUUCAACCAUUGACAUUGCGACUUCUCUUGAGGUCGGGAAGGCUGUUCGCGAUUCUUCCUCCUUCUGCGCCGAUUUUGUUGAUGCACCUGUUUCUGGAGGAGUCGUAGGCGCUCAGGCCGGCACACUGACGUUCAUGGUCGGAUCGCAUGCUUCAACUUUCCCAAUUGUAACCCCGUUAUUAUCACUUAUGGGAAAUCGCAUUCUGCACUGUGGCCCGCCUGGCUCGGGAUUGGCGGGGAAAUUAUCUAACAACUAUCUCCUUGCAAUCAGCAACAUAGCUACCGCUGAGGCCAUGAACCUCGGUAUCAGCUUAGGUCUGGAUAAAAAGCGAUUCGGGGAUUUCAAGGAGGAUUCGGAGUCUCCUUAA